AUAAUUUCUUGGUUGCCGUGGUAAAACAAUUUGCGACUGGAACCUUCAGAAUUAGUGUACAAAGUAUCAAUAAAAUACAGACAAGUGACUGCGGUUGUAAGGCGUUGUGUGGUAUAAAUACCGGCUUAAGUCAGCUAUUUGAUAUCAGUCCAGCACUCAAACCCAGCAACUGAACGUUGAAGCAAAAAAUUAGUUCUUGUUUCCUUUAAUCUUCUCAUCUGAAUUAAAUUAAAAUGAAAAUCUACUCGACCAUCGUCGCUAUCGGUGCUGUUGUUGCGCUUCUCUCUAUCGCCAAUGCCAGCCCUCAGCCAUAUGGACACGCGUCGAGCUAUGCCUCAUUUGAUCAACACACUGAAACAGAACAUGGACACCAUGCCGAAGACCACCACCAACAUCACGAGCCACAUCACUAUCCAAAAUACGCUUUUGAUUACGGUGUAAAGGACACACACACUGGUGAUCACAAGAGCCAAUGGGAGCAUCGUGAUGGUGAUCAUGUCAAAGGUGGCUACACACUGGCGGAAGCUGAUGGCACAACCCGUGUGGUGGAGUACAGCGCCGAUGGCCACAAUGGAUUCAAUGCUGUGGUCAAGAAAAUCGGUCAUGCUCACCAUCCUCAAGUGUAUCACCAUGAGGGCAAUCAUUAUGGCGAUUAUGGUUAUGACCAUGGCCAUGGACACGCUGAGAGUUACUACGAAGUCAAGCAACAUCAUUGAAUCAAAAUGGCAGAGAAAAAUGAAAAGCCAGAAAAAACGAUUGCCGUAAAUGAUCAAAUCUCUCACAUUGCUGUAUAACCUACUUUGGCCAAAGAACUUUGUAAUAUGUUUGUAAAUGUGCUAUUUGUUAGAAAAAAG